AGCUUACAAACUCUGCAACGACAACUGCAGCACAUCUUCUCUUUCUUCUCAGUUCUCACCUCCCACCUGAUUUCACCGCCACCGGCUGACCUCACCGCCGCCGCCUCCCAGCCCACUCCACGCCGCCCACGAAAGAAGACGCUGCCCAGCCAGAAAGCCCCGCCGACGCCGUUCACCCCACCGUUGCUGCUCCACUACCAGAUUAAAUGGAGCCAAGAUGGAAAGGAAAGGGCUUAAAAGCUAAAGCUCUUGCAGAGCCCAUGUCAAAGAUAGUGUCACAGCUUCAGUCUUCUCUAAUUCAAUCAGAUGCUCAUGGACUUCUUGCUGGCUGCAGUGUACUUAUAGAAGUUGAAUCAGAACAAACUGAUCUUCUCAAUCGUGCGUGCUUUGGAGGACGUAUUAUUACAGCUGAAAAGGAUAAGGAUUUGUUUCAGCUGGGUUUAGAAGAAGCCUUUUACCUAUGCUAUUCGUUGAAGUGCCUCAAGAUUGUAGGUGAUGAUAAUUGUUCAAAGAAUGAUGUAGAGCUAUGGCAGUGCAUGAUAUCCAAAAAACCGACUUUCCCUGAUUUCUACAAGGCUUAUUCUCAUCUUCGAAUGAAAAAUUGGGUUGUGAAAUCGGGUUCUAAUUAUGGUGUGGACUUCGUUGCCUACCGUCACCAUCCAUCUCUGGUCCAUUCUGAAUAUGCUGUGCUUGUUUUGUCAGAAGGAGAGGGCGAAAUAAAUGGCCGAUUGAGGUUGUGGUCUGAUCUCCAUUGCACAACUCGAGUUAGUCGAGGUGUUGUGAAGACGCUUUUAGUUCUUAAGAUCAAUAAAAAUGGUAAUGGUGCUGCUUCUCCAUCAUAUUUGGAGAAAUACACUGUUGUAGAGCGCACAGUCACAAGAUGGCAUCCAGAACAAUGCCGUGAAGAUCAUAUGAUAGUUGAAAAGAGAACCAAGAAACUAGAAACUCCUGGAAAAGCGAGUUUAAAGCCAAAAUUUAUUCAAAACCAUGAUGUAAAAUUGAAGCAGGGCCUAGUUGGAACCAUUCGGAAUCUUAGUCUAGUUAGGAUUAGUCUAUUUUUUGUGUCUAUUUCCGUAAUAGUAAGCUGUUGCCUGAUGGAUUUGUUUUAAUUAGAUUUUCUCGAGUUAAAUUUAUUGAAAUGGGUUGCACCAAGGCCCCUGAGUUGUAUUUAUCCUUGCUCACUAGUGGAAGUUCCUGGCUCUCCCCUUAUCCCUGAGUUGCUAUUUAUCCUCAUUAAAUGUUUUUUUCUCUUUCUUUUUUC